CUCCCAUUUCAUAAAUUUUCAGUACCCGCCAAUUGCAUGUCCCUAUGCGAUGCAUGUCGCAGUAACUUCACUUUCAAGCCUACUUUCAACACUGAAAUCAAAUGCAUACAUAACACUAACACCGACACACAACACACUCCCUUUUUCUCUUUUCUGAAUCAAUGGCGGCAAACGUAAACUGUGAUAUGUCCCAUAACACCCUUUCACACCCUCUUUGGUACCAACCGCAAACCGGAAUCUACCACAGCAAACACGCUACCUUGGACCUUCCCACUGACCCUUUUCUCGACCUUGUUUCCUUCAUUUUUUCUCGCCGCCAUAAUGGGGUUUCAGCCCUCGUUGAUUCCUCAUCUGGGUCUUCCAUUCCUUACUCAAAGUUCUUACCUUUCAUCAAAUCCAUGGCUUCUGGUCUUCGUAAAAUGGGUGUUUCACAAGGUGACGUGGUUUUGCUUUUGCUUCCAAAUUCUAUUUACUAUCCCAUUGUGUUCUUGGGUGUUCUGUAUCUAGGUGCUGUUGUUACACCAUCGAAUCCUCUUAGUAGUGGCUAUGAAAUUCGUAAGCAGAUUAGUGAGUGCGGUGUGAGUCUGGUUUUUACUGUGCCUGAAAACUUAAAUAAAUUAGAAUCAUUGGGAAUUCCCAUUAUUGCUGUGCCAGAAAAUGAGAAGGGUUUGAAACAUGGUUGUUUCUCAAGUUUUUGUGACUUGAUUUCUGGAGACUUUGAUUUGCCUCAUAGGCCUGUUAUUAAACAGGAAGACAGUGCGAGUAUACUGUAUUCAUCAGGGACUACAGGGGUGAGCAAAGGAGUUGUUCUAACCCAUAAAAAUCUUGUUGCUAUGGUUGAGCUUUUUGUGAGGUUUGAAGCUUCUCAGUAUGAAUGCUCUUGCUUGAAGAAUGUGUAUCUUGCUGUUUUGCCAAUGUUCCAUAUAUAUGGUUUAUCGCUCUUUGCUAUCGGGUUAUUGUCUUUGGGUUCUACGGUUGUUGUGAUGAGGAAAUUUGACAUUGAUGAAGUUAUCAGGGUGAUUGAUCAAUAUGAAGUUACACAUUUUCCUGUUGUUCCACCGAUGUUGACAGCAUUGGUAACGAAGGCAAAGGGUAUUAAUGGAAGUAAGUUGCAGAGUUUGAUACAGAUCUCCUGUGGUGCAGCGCCUUUGAGUGCAGGAGUUAUUAAUGACGUCGUCCAAGCUUUCCCUAAUGUUGAUUUUAUACAGGGUUAUGGAAUGACUGAGUCGACUGCAGUAGGAACACGGGGCUUCAAUUCUGGAAAGUUUUGCAAUUAUUCUUCAGUAGGAUUAUUAGCUCCAAACAUGGAGGCAAAAGUUGUAGAUUGCAAUAGCAGUGCAUUUUUGCCUCCAGGCAGCAGGGGUGAGCUUUGGUUGAGAGGGCCUGCAAUUAUGAAAGGAUACUUGAAUAAUGAGGAAGCCACAAUUUCAACAAUUGAUAAAGAUGGUUGGCUACAUACUGGAGAUGUUGUUUAUUUUGAUCAGGAUGGGUAUUUACACAUAUCUGACCGCUUAAAAGAUAUUAUCAAAUACAAGGGCUUUCAGAUUGCUCCUGCCGAUUUAGAAGCUGUGUUAAUUUUGCAUCCUGAAAUUGUUGAUGUUGCUGUUACAGGUGCCAUGGAUCAAGAAAAUGGGGAGAUUCCAGUGGCAUUUGUGGUCAAGAAGGUUGGAAGUGAACUGUCUCCAAAGCAUAUUAUGGAUUGUAUUGCUGCACAGGUUGCUCCAUAUAAGAAGGUUAGGAAAGUGUUUUUCACUGACAAGAUACCGAGGUCACCCACUGGGAAGAUCCUUCGAAGGCAGCUGAGAAAUUGCUUGACUUCUAAACUCUAAAGCAUUUUUUAGGACUCACCUCAAGUAUGACAUUGAAAAUUUG